AAGUAGUUGCACAAGCGCGAAGUGUCAUUCACUUAAAGUUAAGAAAAUCUUACGCAAAACUAUAAGGAAAGGAUGCAAAAUAAGUCUGAUAACACCCGAAAUGAAAUAGAAAAUAUUUCACCCAUUUUAAACAUGAAAAGACGUACUUUAUCUGGUAAUGCUGGUGCUGGUAUAUUUCUGCUAGCAUUUGCUUUGAUAAUAAUAGCAUUCGCCACACCCAAUUGGCUUGUUAGUGACUAUCGCAUAACUGGCGCUAAAUUGGAUCGUCUUGGAUUAUGGGUGCAUUGUUUUCGUUCACUGCAAGAUGUCAACAAUGACAGUCAAGACAGGUUUUUUGUUGGCUGCCGUUGGGUCUAUGAUCCUUUCACAACAGGCUACGAUCAAAUACGUGGUUUUCUGAUGCCUGCAUUUAUGAUUGUAACACAAAUAUUUUAUACGAUAGCAUUUAUUGGUAUGCUAAUAUCUGGAAUUGGUGUUUUAAUAUUUAUAUUGUGUGCUGAACCGAAACAGAGAUAUUUUAUAAUACUUAUAAAUUCACUAGGAUAUAUACAGCUUGGUACUGGUAUCAGUGCUGCUAUAGCGGUUAUAGUGUUUGCAUGUUUUGGAAAUCGUAAUGGUUGGAUGCCUGAACAUGCCAACAAUUGGUUUGGUUGGUCAUUUGUGUUUGCAUGUGUUGGUUCAGUGUUAUCCUUAGUUGCUGGUGCACUCUUUCUGAUUGAGGCCAAUGUGCAUCAACGAUAUCGAAAACAAUUCAACUUUUCGCAGUCACGUUUUGAAUGACUACAUGGAGAUGGUUAGUAUAGGAAUAGUUCCCAUCAAGGAUUUAUGUCUUAUAAGUAAGUAAAAGUAUGGUAAAAAUAUAAGCAAAUAAAAUUCGAAUUCAUAUGUAGGAAAAUUUUAUUGAAGUUUCUGCAGUUGGAAAAUCAAUUAAGAUUAAAUAAUGAAAAUGAUUAAAGCAGUGUAAGACUUCAGCAAAAUCUUUCCAAUAUUUUAUAUAA